UUUUCUUUUUUUUUUUUUUUUUUUUUUUUUUAACAUCUAUCUGCCUCGGUCAGCUUACGAUUAUCAAUCUACGGGAGGGAAAGACAGAGUCAGAAUUCCCCGCACCGGCUCCUUACUGUGAGAAUCAGCACUCUCCGAUUGCGAAUUCAAGAUCGGCCCGCGAUCCCGUCAUCUCACUCACCCUACUCUCACCACCACCUUUCGAAAUCCCUCACACCCAACAGCAUCCAAGGGAGCGAACAACCUCAAGAAACGUUGGAAAAAUGCGCACCCACCCAGCCCCGAAAGAAUGCGAAGUCAUCCAGCCCGCCACCCCGCGCGGCCAAACCCUCACGCCCCUCAUCUUCAUCCACGAUGGCGGCGGCACAACCUUCGCCUACCACUGCCUCUCCCAGCUCGCAGGCCGCGCCGUCUUCGGCAUCGCGAACCCGCGCUUCCACUCCGGUGUCCCUUGGGAAGGCGGCGUCCCGGAGAUGGCGGCCGCCUACCUCCAAAUGAUUCGGACUACCGUCACAAAGGGGCGCGAGUACCCCGCCCAGGCGCCGUAUUCAUACACCACCACCGCAGAUGGAGGGAGACUGAAGAGGAGGCGGAUCUUGUUGGGCGGGUGGAGUCUGGGCGGUUUGCUUUCGUUGGAGAUUGCGAGGCUGAUAGGGGAUGAGGAUCGCGAUAUCGAGAUUGUGGGAUUGGUGAUGGUGGAUAGCGUGUACCCCGUCUGGCCCGAGGGAUCUAGUCUGAAAAUUGGGAGGUUCGUGGAGGACGAGAAGAGGGAGACGGAGGAGCCGAAGAAUGUGAGGCUCGCGAAGAGGGCGAUGAAGAUGGCGGGGCAGGUGGUGAGGGUGUGGAAGAUGCCCAGGUGCGGGGCUGCGGGUGAGGCGGAGGUGUCGGUUCCCAAGGCUGCUGGGUAUAAUGACGGAGAGGAGGAGAAGGCGACGGCGGGAGCGGGAGCGGCAGACGGCGGAGAUGUGGAAAAGGACUUUUACGUCUCCAAGGAGGAGAAGGAGACGGCUGAGGUCGUGUGGGAGAGGCCGCCGCGGGCUGUGCUUGUCAAGGCCAAGGAGCAUGUGCCGAUGCCGGUGGAGGGCAUCAGCUCUGUGGACGUGUAUCGUGCGGAUGAGAAGCUUGGGUGGGAUGGGUAUUGUCCUGGGUUUGUGGAGGAGGUGCUGCUGACGGAGGGGAGUCAUUUUGAUAUGUUUGCUUGGACGAAUGUCGAUGGGAUUACGGAGAAGAUUGUGGAGGCGUGUCGAAUUUUGGAGGGGGCUAGUAUAUGAGGAGGCAGAGGGAGGUCAGUGGUAGAGCGGGUGUGCGUGUUUUGCGAUGCAUGGCGUGGAUUUGGGUUUACUUUGCCAGAGGGGAUUUGGGUACACGGAACAACUAGAUCACGUAGAAGAAGUAGAAGAGUAGACUGGAGGUAGUUGAUUUAAUGCUAAUCCAAGUGGAGUUCAUUUACCGAGAA